AUGUGGCAUCGCCUCGUGGCUGUUGCCUCAGUGUCAGUGGUGGCAGUCUGCUUGAUUUUUCCGUCAUCAAAGAGCAACACAUCGAAACUCACUUUUGACUCCGAAGAUAAAGCUCAGAGAUUCGCGGAUGGUUCGAAAUGUGAAGGUAUAAUCGCGGAUAAUCAGUUGCCAAGCAAAGAAGAAGCGCAAGAAGCACUUAGUAGGGCCGGAGAAAGUGACCACGGCUUAUCUCAAACCGAAAGAAAGAAACGUCAAAUCUCGCAGCAGUCUUAUCAAGCAUAUUUGGAUAGCCUCGGUCGAGCCGACUAUGACGUGCGCCUAGAGGAAGGAUGGCAAAACAUCCUCUACCCAUUUGGUGCAUGGGCCAUGGAUGAGCAACUGAUGGGCCAAGCAGGUCGUGAGACACAAGCAAAUCUGGGCUUUGAUUGCCCAUUCUUUGGCUUCAGAUUCAAUUAUACUUUCGUCUAUCCCAUGGGCAUGGUUUCGUUUGCACUGCCAUCGUUCGCUACUCCACCUUGGACAUUCCCCAACCCUUCGUGGCCAAAGCAGAGGGAUCACUCAUUCAUCGCUCCAUUCUAUGCAGAUUCCAUGUACCAGUGGAUCGGUAACACAAAGAUCAGCAACACAUUUUAUCGAAGUGUUCAUCGCCCAAGGUUGGACGAUGAUGAGGUGUACAAUACGAAUCCACAAGCCAACUAUGGUGCACCGAACUAUAAUCAAAAUCAGAAUCCGUACAUACAGCAGCAGCAGCAGUAUGGACAGACACCAAAUAGCUCCAUCUAUGGACAACAACCAACAUACCAACAAUAUCGUAGGAAACGCCAAAUGCCCGGUCGAAUUAGCCAGCCAGGAAUGGUCGUUGACCCGCUUCUGCUUGAUAACAUAACUCAGACUAUACAGGAUGGAUACACUGGCGCGAGCGGUUUCCGAGCAGAGCAUGCUUUUAUCGUCACCUGGUAUAGAAUGGCUUAUGGUGGAGCACCACGGGCUCUUGAUGUUUCCCAGUUUGAGCAUGUCAAGGACUGGCAAAAUACAUUCCAACUUGUUAUAGCGUCGGAUGAAAUAAGAACAUUCGCUAUUUUCAACUACGCUCGAUUGAACUGGACAACAAGCAAUGAAGCUGGAGGUUUGAAUGGCUUUGGAGGGAAACAGGCUGCUGUGGCGGGAUUUAACGGAGGAAAUGGGACUGGAUGGUAUCAGUUACCGUACUCUGGACAUGGACGAAUUUGGAAACUCGGUUACUUUUCAAAUGUUCUCACCCCCGGUAGAUGGAUACAUCGAAUUGACGAAGUGAUAAUACCAGCGGGUUGCACAAAUGCAUCUAAUGGAGGCUUGAUCACUGCGCCUCCUUGGGGUGUCAUGCAAGGUGGAAUGGCCAUCAAUGUCUCAGGGCCAUGCUUCAGACCCAAUGACAAUAUCAAGGUGAAUUUUGAAAACUGGCAGACCGACUGCAAACGUUUGAAUCGCAUACGAGCUCGCUGCAUCAUGCCAAUGUUUCAUAAGACAGGCUUGGUGCCGAUCAGAUUGAGUCGUGAUGGCGGUCAAAGCUUCCCAUUUUUUGGAAAGUUCUAUGUCGUCGUUCCCGAUCGUGCGCCGGCCCUAGUCUCCUUGAAGGAUGAUGUGGACGACAUUCACAAUAGAUGGUAUCAGCCUUAUGCAGAAACAUUAACAAUGGGCUGGCAAGCACUCAAUUUGACAUACAACUAUGGUGCUCGUGUCGAUAUAAGUCUCUUUGGAUACUGGGAAGACGCCGAUAGGUCACAUUUUGUGCAAGUUGACUACCUUGCCAAGGGAGUACCGAACACCGGCUCUUAUACUUUCAAACCACCUUCUUUUCAGCGGCAAACACUUUUGAAGAAUGCAUGGCAGAAAUUUACAUUUGGUUUUGUACGAGUAUCGCUGUCAGACACCGAGGAUGGCGUGCAAUGGAGCAAACCGACACCGUUUCCUUGGUAUUAUCUCCCAGACUGGAAGAAACACUAUGGCCAGAACUGGGCGUUGGACAUGUGCAUCGAAUGGUUCGAAUAUGACGGAAAACGGCGCAAUUUCCAGAUGGAUCUGACCAAAGAUAUUCCUUGUCCCUGCAAAAUGUCUCAAGCUUUGCUUGAUCUUGGAAGGUACAUGCCAAUCAUGGACUGUGACAAAGACGGUGACACUUCGUGCCCUUUCAAUAAGGGUGCUCAGCACUGCAUACAAAGCGUACAGCCAAGCUCUGUCGGUUCCUCGCAGCAGUGCUGCUACGAUUAUGAGGGCUAUCUCAUGUUCACCGACGAUUGGGAACCCGAUGGCGAUUAUACGCGAUUCUUCCAGCCCGGCACGCCCGCUAGAGCUCAUAAGUUCGGCGCACCUCCAUUCCGUCAACCACCCUUCAUUCCCACCAUGUCAAACUACCAACUGGAUCUAAUGCCUUAUAGGACAUGUUGCACAUAUGCUCAACAUUGCGAGUUUUACUAUUGGCGACGAAUGACAAACGGUUGCCAGGACUACAAAGCCCCCGCAGCUGGCUACAUGUACGGGGAGCCACACGUAGUGACGUUCGACGGGGUCAAGUACACGUUUCCUGGUAAAGGUUACUUUGUUCUUCUUAUGAGCGAAGACCCUACCCAUAAGUUGAUGGUGCAAGUGCGGCUCGAACAACCUGACGAUACGUUAUGGCACUCGCAUGUGAAUGCUACAGUGAUCACUGGUGUUGCUGUGCAGGAAAACGACAGCUCCAUCGUGCAGGUGUUUGCACGAAAACCAAUGAGGCGCUGGCGCUAUCGUACCGAUGUGUAUGUGGAUGGUGUGCGGCGCUUCUUUGAUAAGCCGCAUUGGAAAUAUCAGCAGUUUCGCAACGUCGACUUGCGCAAUCCUUUACAAAAUAUGAACCAAUCGGAAAUCGUUAUCAUGCUCAAAUCCGGAAUAGGCAUACGAGUACAUGAAAGUUACGGCAUGCUCGAUGUUAUGGUAACGUUGCCUCCUAGCUACAACACAACAUGCAAACCCGGCAUCACCGCUUCGUCUUCACUAAAUUCGGUAGAUGGCGCAAACAGAUGUUACACAACUUUGGGCUUGCUGGGCGUCUAUAACAAUGAUCCGAAUGACGAUCUGACUUCUUCAUCGGGGCAAGUGACCCGAUCCAACGGUGACACAUUCACGGCAGGCACCACGCAGAUGAUAUAUGAGCAAUUCGGCAUUACAUGGAGAGUAGACGGCAAAAAUGAGAAGAUUGGAAGCGUUCUCUUCAGCGAGCAAUUCAAGCCUAUAUAUAAUCCUCUCUUAUUCGCAUCGACAGACUAUGCACCAGUAUACUGGCCACAAUAUUUGGACAUGAAUGCGUCGAGGGUAUUUACAAUAGAACAAAGUGCAACAAAGAAGAAUAAAGCUGGUAAUAUGUCGACGAGCACCCACUCAAGUGAUCUUCCGGAUGACCCUAAUCCCUCAGACAUCCCCAAAUCCCGAAAAGACUGCCACUUCGAGGAUGCUCCUAUGAAGAAAUCUUGUGCGGAGGAAGCAAGUGAAGGUCCCUCACCUUUUGGUAUCAAGAAUAUAAAAGGUUACACGAUGGGAAUCCGCUGGUCAGAAAGGAUUGAGCAUAAGGCUAAAGUUUUUUAUGGAAACGUGCAAAGACACGUCGACUUGCGCAAUCCUUUACAAAAUAUGAACCAAUCGGAAAUCGUUAUCAUGCUCAAAUCCGGAAUAGGCAUACGAGUACAUGAAAGUUACGGCAUGCUCGAUGUUAUGGUAACGUUGCCUCCUAGCUACAACACAACAUGCAAACCCGGCAUCACCGCUUCUUCUUCACUAAAUUCGGUAGAUGGCGCAAACAGAUGUUACACAACUUUGGGCUUGCUGGGCGUCUAUAACAAUGAUCCGAAUGACGAUCUGACUUCUUCAUCGGGGCAAGUGACCCGAUCCAACGGUGACACAUUCACGGCAGGCACCACGCAGAUGAUAUAUGAGCAAUUCGGCAUUACAUGGAGAGUAGACGGCAAAAAUGAGAAGAUUGGAAGCGUUCUCUUCAGCGAGCAAUUUAAGCCUAUAUAUAAUCCUCUCUUAUUCGCAUCGACAGACUAUGCACCAGUAUACUGGCCACAAUAUUUGGACAUGAAUGCGUCGAGGGUAUUUACAAUAGAACAAGUGACCAGCACGUGUCAAGGAGUCUCACAGUGUGAAUAUGACUACAUGAUGACGGGAAGAAAGGAAGUUGGUCUUACUACUUUGAGGAAACAGAAGAACUUUUUUGCAAUGCAGAAAAGUGGCUCCAAACAGCUGAUCUCUUGCGGGCCACUGCUAAAGAAGGAAGGCGUUGUCAAGACACCGCCCGCGGCGAAUUAUCUCGAUGGAGAUACGGUGACUUUCUCAUGCAAGCCUAAAUAUUUUAUUCAUGGAGACGUGGAACGGACAUGCCGCAAUGGUACUUGGACACCCGGAUGGUGGGCCUGGUGUAGAGAUCGGAACCUCGAAUACGCGUUAAAAUGGAUGACAGCACUACUAUCGAUCUUUGGGUUUGUUAUGCUGUUCAUGGUCAUAUUCUGUGUACUGUGGAAUAUUCGCAAGAAAAAGCAGAUUGCGCAUGCACAGCAACAGCUGAAAAAAGGGAAGACAACAACAUCGCAAACCACUACAGAAUGGGAGAAACGUCUUUCUUGGCAGCCUACAAAUCUGAAUGAAGAGAAAAAACCACUGCAAAGAAAAGGUUCAGGUACUUUUGAUGAUAGGCCUGCGUACUUGCGUGAGGAACGUCGUCACCCAGCUCCAUUGUCUGAGAGGCUUCGUUUGCGAGCGGAACCUAAUCUGAUGCAACGACAUACCAGCAGCCAGCCUUCGCAGUACUUUUUUGAGUCAUCAGCUAUAUGA